GCGGCGCUGGCGCCUGCGGGGUCGAAGGAAGACUACGGAAAGACCUAAAGGCGACUUCCUCCUCGCCUGCUCCGUGUCACGGUGCCGAGAACGAUGGAGUACAUGACAGAAUCCACCGUCCGCAGCCCCGGACACGUUUUGUGCUGUGAGUGUGGUGUCCCGAUAAGUCCAAAUCCUGCCAACAUUUGUGUGGCCUGUUUGCGAAGUAAAGUAGACAUCAGUCAAGGUAUCCCGAAACAGGUCUCGAUUUCUUUCUGCAAACAAUGUCAAAGGUAUUUUCAGCCACCAGGAACAUGGGUACAGUGGGCUUUAGAAUCCAGGGAACUUCUUGCUUUGUGUUUGAAAAAAAUCAAAGCACCUCUCAGUAAGGUUCGGCUUGUAGAUGCAGGCUUUGUUUGGACUGAGCCCCAUUCCAAGAGACUUAAAGUUAAGUUGACUAUUCAGAAAGAGGUGAUGAAUGGAGCUAUCCUUCAGCAAGUGUUUGUGGUGGAUUAUGUUGUUCAGUCCCAAAUGUGUGGCGAUUGCCAUAGGGUAGAAGCUAAAGACUUCUGGAAAGCUGUGAUUCAAGUCAGGCAGAAGACUUUGCACAAAAAAACAUUCUAUUAUCUGGAGCAAUUGAUUCUGAAGUAUGGAAUGCAUCAGAAUACACUUCGUAUCAAAGAGAUUCAUGAUGGUUUGGAUUUCUAUUAUUCCUCAAAACAACAUGCUCAGAAGAUGGUAGACUUUCUUCAGUGUACAGUUCCCUGCAGAUACAAAGCAUCACAAAGACUGAUCUCUCAAGAUAUUCAUAGUAACACAUACAAUUAUAAGAGCACUUUUUCUGUGGAAAUUGUUCCAAUAUACAAGGAUAAUGUUGUCUGCCUGUCUCCAAAACUGGCACAAAGCCUUUGGAAUAUGAGCCAGAUAUGUGUUUGCAUUCGAGUAACUAGUGCCAUCCAUCUCAUAGAUCCUAACUCCCUACAAGUUGCAGAUGUUGAUGGGAGCACUUUCUGGAGUCAUCCUUUCAAUAGUUUAUGCCACCCCAAACAGCUAGAAGAGUUUAUUGUGAUGGACUGCAGCAUAGUCCGAGAUCUAAAGCGCAGUGCAGGUGCUGGGAUGAUAUCGAAAAAGCAUAGCCUUGGGGAAGUCUGGGUACAGAAAACAUCUGAAAUGGAUACAGAUAAACAGUAUUUUUGUCGCACUCACUUGGGACAUCUUCUAAAUCCUGGAGACCUGGUACUGGGGUUUGAUUUGGCCAGCUGUAACUUAAAUGAUGAGCAUGUCAACAAAAUGAACCCAGAGAGAGUUCCAGAUGUGGUAUUAAUCAAGAAGAGUUAUGACCGCACUAAACGCCAACGCCGCAGAAACUGGAAACUGAGGGAGCUUGCAAGAGAUAGAGAAAACAUGGAUACAGAUGAUGAAAGGCAAUAUCAAGAUUUCCUUGAAGAUCUUGAAGAAGAUGAGGCAAUUAGAAAAAAUGUUAACAUUUACCGAGAUUCUACCAUCCCUGUGGAAAGUGACACAGAUGACGAAGGAGCACCUCGAGUUAGUCUGGCCGAGAUGCUUGAUGACCUUCAUAUUUCUCAAGAUGCCACUGGUGAAGAAGGAGCAUCGAUGAUGACAUCAUGAGAUCAUGUCUACUGUUUGCCUCUCUGUGACCUCAGGAAGUUGGAUAGAAUACCAGUUACCAUUUAU